AUGAACACCGUGCUGUCGCGCGCGAAUUCCCUGUUCGCCUUCUCGCUGAGUGUGAUGGCGGCGCUCACCUUCGGCUGUUUCAUCACCACCGCCUUCAAAGACAGGAGCGUCCCGGUGCGGCUGCACGUCUCGCGGAUCAUGCUAAAAAAUGUAGAAGACUUCACUGGCCCUAGAGAAAGAAGUGACCUUGGAUUCAUCACAUUUGAUAUAACAGCUGAUCUAGAGAAUAUAUUUGAUUGGAAUGUUAAGCAAUUAUUUCUUUAUUUAUCAGCAGAAUAUUCAACAAAAAAUAAUGCUCUGAACCAAGUUGUCCUUUGGGACAAGAUUGUUUUGAGAGGUGAUAAUCCAAAGCUGCUUUUGAAAGAUAUGAAGACAAAGUAUUUCUUCUUUGACGAUGGAAAUGGCCUCAAGGGAAACAGGAAUGUCACUUUGACGCUCUCCUGGAAUGUUGUACCAAACGCUGGAAUUCUACCUCUUGUGACAGGAUCGGGACAUAUAUCUGUCCCAUUUCCAGAUACAUACGAAAUCACCAAGAGUUACUAAAUUAUUAUGAAUUUGAAACAUAUUUUUAUACAUGUUGAAUUGCAUCUCAUCUCUUCCCAGUUUCUUCAUUGAUCUUUCUUGCUUGUUUGCUUGCUUUCUUUUAUUUUGUUUUAUUUUGUUUUGAUGUAAGAAAGACUCAGAUCAGAAGACACAGUUGAAGUGAAAGGUUCUGAGGUGCUUAAGCUGAGCUUUGUAAACAGAAAGAUAAAAAAAAGCCUAC